CCCAAACAAACGGGUUGUUGAUUUUGCUGUUUGUGCCGUUUUAAAAAACCUCUUCUUCGUGAGCUGAAAGUCAUUUUCUUCUCGUUCACAGACGUUGCUUCCAGUCACGAUGAGGAGCUCUGUGGUGUUCUGCCUGGCUGUCAGCUUUGCCAUGUUUGGAUGUGGCCUCUCUCUGCUGUGUUACUCCUGCCCUGAAGGAUCCACCGAGAGCUGUGAAGUCCAACAGGAGUGUAGCCAAGGUGAAGACAGCUGCCUCAAACUCACCAGUGGUGAAAAUACCUACACUCAUUGUGUGAGGUACGCAGAUUGCGACUUCAGGACUCUGGGAUCCAGAUAUUAUCGCCUCUCUAGUUUCACCUUCUCCUGCUGUCAGUCAAAACUCUGCAAUGGCCCCAAAAAAAGUGGAAUAGGUCAGACACUUAAGGAACUUCUUGGUUAAGAAAAAGUAUCAUGUGGAAACUGUUAAACACUCAACAAUAAAGUCUGAAUAAAAACA